AAUUAUACACAUAUUAUAAAUUAAUAACUAAUAAUAAUAAUAAUAAUAAUAUAAUUAAUAAAAAUAAUUAAUAAUAAUUAAAUAAAUAAAUUUAUUUAUCUUUUCUCUUUUUCUACAAACAAAAUAUUUUUUUUUUAAACUUUAUUAAUAAAUUAAAUAUAUAAAUCAUAUAAAAUGUCAGCUGAUAUUGGUUUAAUUGGUUUAGCCGUUAUGGGUGAAAACUUAGUAUUAAAUAUGGAAAGUCGUGGUUUCACCGUCGCCGUUUACAAUAGAACUACAGCUAAAGUUGACGAAUUUGUCGAAGGUAGAGGUAAAGGUAAAAAGUUUGUUGGUUGCCAUUCAUUAGAAUCCUUAGUUAAAAAUUUAAAGACUCCACGUAGAGUUAUGAUGAUGGUCAAAGCUGGUGAAGUUGUCGAUCAUUUCAUUAACCUCCUUGUCCCAUUAUUAGAAAAAGGUGAUAUUAUUAUCGAUGGUGGUAACAGUCUCUACACCGACUCUGAUCGUCGUACUAAAGACCUCGCUGCUAAAGGUCUCUUAUUCAUCGGAACUGGUGUUAGUGGUGGUGAAGAAGGUGCUCUCCACGGUCCAUCAAUUAUGCCAGGUGGUAACCCAGCUGCUUGGGAACAUGUCAAACCAAUCUUCCAAGCUAUUUCCGCUAAAGUUCAACCAGGUGACCAACCAUGUUGUGAUUGGGUUGGUGAUGGUGGUGCUGGUCAUUACGUUAAAAUGGUUCACAAUGGUAUCGAAUAUGGUGACAUGCAAUUAAUCAGCGAAGCCUACUUUAUCUUAAAACAUUAUAUUGGUCUCAACAAUGAUGAAUUACAACAAACUUUCACUAAAUGGAAUAAAACCGACCUCGAUAGUUAUUUAAUCGAAAUCACUGCUGAUAUCUUUGCCAAAAAAGAAGAUGGCAAAUAUGUUGUCGAUAAUAUUUUAGAUUCAGCUGGUCAAAAAGGUACUGGUAAAUGGACUGCCAUUAAUGCUUUAGAAAUCGGUAUCCCACUUACUUUAGUUGGUGAAUCAGUAUUUGCUAGAUGUCUUUCAUCAUUAAAAGAAGAAAGAGUUAAAGCCUCAACCAUCCUUCCAGGUCCAAAACCAGAAAACUGUGGUAACAAAUUUACUGGUGAUAAAGAUAAAUUCAUUGAAUACGUUAGACAUGCUCUCUUUGCAUCAAAAUUAGUUUCAUAUGCUCAAGGUUUCACUAUGAUGAGAGCUGCUGCUAAAGAAUACAAAUGGAAACUUAACUAUGGUAACAUUGCUUUAUUAUGGAGAGGUGGUUGCAUUAUUAGAUCUACUUUCCUUGGUAAAAUUAAAGAUGCUUUCGAAAAAGAUUCUGAAUUAGAUAAUCUUUUAUUAGAUCCAUGGUUCACCGAUAAGAUGUGUGCUGCUCAAGAAGGUUGGAGACAAGUUUGUUCCGCUGCUGUCUUAAGUGGUAUUGCUACCCCAGCUUUUUCAGCUGCUCUCGCUUAUUAUGAUGGUUAUAGAACUGCUAAUCUCCCAGCCAACCUUGUUCAAGCUCAAAGAGAUUACUUUGGUGCCCACACCUUUGAAAAACUCGAUCAACCAAGAGGACAAUUCUUCCAUGUCAAUUGGUCUGGACGUGGUGGAAACACUUUCUCAAGUCAAUACAAUAUUUAAAGAAAGUAAUUACUUUUUUUAAAUUAAUCAUUUUAGUAGUAUCUCUUUAAUUUUGUAAGAAAAAAUAAUAAAAUAAAAUUAAAUUUCAUUUAAAUAUUUAUUUCCU